ACUGAAAUUUCCUCAAUUGCUCCUUUAAAAAACAUGGGAAGAAAAGCAAAAGCACGUCCGUUAGCCUCAAAAGAAGCGAACACCUCGGAUGUACCUGCUUUAACUAUGGACCCUCCAGACCCGGGUUCCGCGGCGAAUGACGCUGGUUCACGUACCGUGAAUAUAUACCGGCACGAACUGAAUAGCCGAAUGAAUAAUUUGCUUCGAGAACUAAAAUUGCUAAGUGAAAUUGAAGCAUUCGAGUUAGGAAAGCAACAAAACAUGAUGAAAACGACCACUUGCUUCAAACAAGAACGAGAAUCAUCUCCCUUGAGCGACCAGACGGAUGAACCAACUUUAGAGUUCCUCCCUAUCGAAGAACAAAAUGAUGAAAAUGUAAAUCAAAAUCGCAAUUCAGAAUAA